AUGGAGGACGGGACGCAGGUCAGCACCAUGGAGCGAGUCUGCAAAGAUGUGCAAGCGCCCGCCAUGUACAAGCCCACCAACGAGCAGUUCUUUGAGGAUGAUACGCACCAGAAGCCCGAUAUCCAGUUCUUGAAACAGCAUUUCUACCGCGAAGGCCGCCUGACCGAGGAGCAAGCGCUAUGGAUUCUUCGGACGGGCACCGAGCUCUUGCGUGCUGAGCCCAACCUGCUCGAGAUGGACGCCCCCAUCACCGUUUGCGGCGACGUUCACGGCCAGUACUACGAUCUGAUGAAGCUGUUCGAGGUGGGCGGUGACCCGGCCGAGACGAGGUACCUGUUUCUGGGCGACUACGUCGACCGCGGGUACUUCAGUAUCGAGUGCGUGCUCUAUCUGUGGGCGCUCAAAAUCCACUACCCCAAGACGCUCUGGCUGCUGCGCGGCAACCACGAGUGCCGCCACUUGACCGACUACUUCACCUUCAAGCUCGAGUGCAAGCACAAGUACUCGGAGGCCAUCUACGAAGCAUGCAUGGAGUCGUUCUGUUGCCUGCCGCUGGCGGCGGUUAUGAACAAGCAGUUCUUGUGCAUCCACGGCGGCCUCAGCCCGGAGCUGCACACACUCGACGACCUCCGUAACAUCGACCGGUUCAGAGAACCCCCGACUCAGGGGCUAAUGUGCGACAUCCUCUGGGCCGACCCUCUAGAGGAUUUCGGCCAGGAGAAGACAACCGACUACUUCCUGCACAACCACGUGCGUGGGUGUUCGUACUUCUUCUCGUACCCUGCCGCCUGCCACUUCCUGGAGAAGAACAACUUGCUGUCCAUCAUCCGCGCCCACGAGGCUCAAGAUGCCGGGUACCGCAUGUACCGUAAGACGCGUACGACAGGUUUUCCCAGUGUUAUGACCAUCUUCUCGGCGCCUAAUUAUCUCGACGUCUAUAACAACAAGGCCGCUGUGCUCAAGUACGAAAACAACGUCAUGAAUAUCCGGCAGUUUAAUUGCACGCCGCAUCCAUACUGGCUCCCCAACUUCAUGGACGUCUUCACAUGGUCGCUACCCUUCGUCGGCGAGAAGAUCACCGACAUGCUCAUCGCCAUCCUGAGCACGUGCUCCGAGGAGGAACUCCGCGAGGACUCCUCGGCCACCUCCCCGGGCCCCGUCUCCCCGUCCCUGCCGUCCGCCGCAAGCGCGGGCAGCCAAGAUCCCGACUCGAUCGAGUUCAAGCGGCGGGCCAUCAAGAACAAGAUCCUCGCCAUCGGGCGCCUGUCGCGCGUGUUCCAGGUGCUGCGCGAGGAGUCGGAGCGCGUCACCGAGCUCAAGACGGUCUCGGGCGGCCGCCUGCCUGCGGGAACCCUCAUGCUCGGCGCCGAAGGGAUCAAGAACGCCAUCAGCACCUUCGAAGACGCCCGCAAAGUCGAUCUGCAAAAUGAGCGGUUGCCGCCGAGCUCCGAGGAGGUCCAGAAGCAGCACGACGAGGAGCGUGCCCAGGCCCUCGAGCGCGCCACCCGCGAGGCCGACCAGGAUAAGAAGCUGCAGACGCUGUCGAGGCGGUUGAGCACGUGA